AUGGCAUUUAUCCAAAUUCAACAGAACUUGCUUCUUAUCUCAGUUUUUCUUUUCCAACAGUCCCAGGGAUUCACUUUCACAUCAGAAUCCUCUUUCUCUAUUGAAAAAGGAACUGGGAAUCAAAAUUGUGAAAGUUAUGCCUGCAAAGAUCCAGCCCAAAACUACUCAAAAAAUACAUGCCUAUAUUAUAAUACAGAAUUUAGCAUGUGGUAUGCAGAUCCAUGUAGUAAAAGCUCACAAUAUUGCAAGCAAGAUACGCAAAAUGCCAACGAUCCACAUGCUAAUUAUACAUGUGAGACUUAUACAUCAUUCAACGCUGCUUUGCCAGGAGAAUAUUGCGAAAAAAUCUACAUGUGCAAUACAGCUUAUACUUCAGGAUGUUCUAAAUUCCCAUAAAUGUAAACUAAUUGUUUUUAAAAAAACAAUUUAUAUUUUUUAUUUUUUUUAAAUAUUUUCUUUGUAGAGUAACAACGUAUGCAAAGCUAUAUCCAGUUUAGACCAGGCUUGCCAAAACACCAAGCAAUGCGAGUCAGGGACAUACUGCUAUCGCUCAGAGCCUGCUUUGGAUCGCCCUAGGUUACAUUUUGCAGCAUCAAACUUGGGCUGACUUAUGCAACAUCAGUUUGCCAUGCCAACCUCAUAAGUUGAGAACGAAAAAUAUACUGACACUUGCCAACCUGGGGGGUUAACUUGGCAAAGUGUAACCCAAGGUGAUCCAAAAUAGGUUCUUGGCUAUAUAUCCCUGAUCAAGCUACUCAAGGAACUUGCCAAGCCCAGAUUCCAAUAGAUGGGGAAUGCACAUCCUAUAAGCUCUGCGCAAAUAAUGCAAUAUGCAACUACACCUCAACAGUCAAUAAUGUCCCAGUUGGAAAAUGCAAAGCAUUUGGCUCGUUCAAUAAUCACGACUAUGUAGGCAGCUGUGAUUUUUUAGACGGAAUUCAUACAUUUGGGUAUAACGAUUUAUGUCCAUCUGGUUACUGUGCACCUUCUGGGAAUUCAUAUAUGUGCCUUGAAUCAGUCACUUCAAGCCAAGGACUCCCUGUCCUUUGCAAUAAUGACCCUAUUAAUAUGAUAAAUGCAACUACAGGCUGCACAAGCAAUAAAGACAGUUUACUAGGCGUUUCUGUGACUUCAGCUUGUGAUUGUGCAAAUAACUAUAACGCAGAGGCGUAUUGCAAUCUUUUUUCUGGGGACCCAACAAUGGCGAAAUUUAGACAAUAUUUAACUAAAUGGACCCAAAGCAAAGAGAUUUUGAAAUGCAACCUUAUGGGGAGAUAUGAUCUACUUUGUGUAAAAGCACAUUGGGAUAAGGAUAAUGCGGCGGCUUAUACCUAUUAUUUUUAUGCUGCGUAUUUUUAUCCAGAAAUAGUAGAGGCUGACGACUGCGUGCUUUCUGUGACGAAUUAUGGGUACAAGAUGGCGAAAAAGGCUUAUAAUGAUGACUUGGCAAGCCUUAUAGGAGUUUCGUUUUUAGUUAUGAUGGCGCUCCAUUAA